ACGAUGCAUUCCAAACGUACAUUCUUAUUGGCAUGUUGCUUUGCCUUGAUGUUGUGUUGUCAACUUUGGGCUGCAUUCGUGCAUGCUCAACAAUUAGACGAAACUUCUACCUCCAAAACUUCACAAGCUUCCAGAAGUACAAUUAGAGAAUUCAUUCUCGAUCCAACUACUCGUCAAGUCAUCGAUCAAAUGAAAAUUGCAGUCAGCUCUGAACAAGAAGUUGAAAUUGCUGAGAAUUUCGUAUUGAUUGCUGCAAAAUUGAGAGAAAUUUAUGAAACUAUUCCAAAAGAAAGAUUUGACGAAAGUGAAAUUAUUCAAUUGAGAGAGGAAUUAUUGGAACUCAUUCAAUUCUUUACCAGAAAAGCCAAUCGUCCAAGUGUUGACAUGAUGAAAUAUUCAUUGAUUCAAAGUGCUACCGAAAGAUAUGUAAACGAAACUCAAAAGAAAAAAGAUCUUUCUAAAAAUAGUGAAGAAUCUGAUGCUGAAUGGAUCACUGCUGCCUUGAAUAUUGCCAGUAGUGUCAUGAAUAUUGCAAAUGACAUUGGUACUUAUCAUGAAAAGAUUUCCAAAGUUGGUAAUUUCAUUGCUAAUCAAGUUUCUAAUGGUUUGGAUAAAGUUGGACUUAAGAAAGCUUCUGGAUGGGCUAAAGAUUUAGGAAAUGGUAUUUCAAAAUUCUCAAAUGAAAAGAUUGCCCCAAUUGAAAACAAAAUUGCCAAGAAAAUUGCACCAGUUGUCAAAUCAGCUCCAUUCCAAGCUGUCAGAAGAACUUUAAAUGUUGUCACUGGAGUUAUGAGUUUGAAAUCUGGAUUAAACCUGUUGGGUAUGGCAAAGAAUGUUAAAUUACCAAAGAAUUUCUCAGCCCUCAAGUCAUCAAUCAAAACAACCACAAAAGCUGCCAAAUCACUUUUCAAGAAUAAGCAAGCUCGUAGUCGUUUCUCAAGAAUUGCCAAAUUGACUGGAAAGAGAGCAUACAGAACUUUCAAGAAGGCAGAUUUAAAGACCAAGUACAAGACUGUUAAAUCCUUAUAUGGAGGUGCUAAAUCUAUUAAGGGUGCUUUGACUUUUAAGAGAAAUGAAAGAAAGCCAAGACAAUCCAAUAGAAGAAAUAAUCAAAAUAACAGAUCUAGACAAUAUGGAAGAAAUAGAAGAAACCAAAAUGGAAGAAGAAAUAACAGAUCAAAUGGAAGACAAAGAAACAAUUCUCGUUCCACCAAUAAUAAUAGAAGAGGCGGUAGAAGAGGUGGCAACAGAGGUGGCAGAUCAGUCAAUCGUAACAAUCAAAGAAGAAAUAAUAACAGAUCACGUGGAGGACAAGGAAGAAGAAACAAUGGUUCAAGAAGAGGUGGUAACAGAGGUAAUACUUCAAGAAAUUCUCCAAGAAGACACAACACUGGUGGCAGAUCUCGUCAAUCCAAUAACAAUAGAAGAAGAAGCAACUCUAGACCAUCUUAUGGAAAUAGAGGAGGUAGAUCAUCUUAUAGAAAUUCUUCACCAAGAAGAUCUUCACCAAGUAGAGGAUACUCUCGUGGUGGUGGAUCUAGAUCAUCAUCUCGUGGAGGUGGUAGAUCAUGAUCUCGUGGAAGUGGUAGAUCAGGAUCUCGUGGUGGUCGUGGAGGAAGACGUUAAAUAAAUUCUUAACACACUAUUCUCUA